CAGAGCCGACCUUCCCCGGCCCGACACACCCUCUGCAUAGUCACUGCAUCACGCGUGUGCCCACACCUGUUUUCCCAGGCUGUCCCCUGCAAAGGGGAGUGGGGGAUGGAGGAAGCCCAUUCAGACGUAGAAGGCACAGGGAAGCCCCCCGCCUCUCCCCAUCCUGUCGCCACUCUGAGAAUGUGUCCAUAAUGUGUCCCACCUCCCCGCAGGGCCCCCUGUGGACGUAGGGAUGCGGAUCGAUGUCGCCAGCAUAGACAUGGUCUCCGAAGUGAACAUGGAUUAUACACUCACCAUGUAUUUCCAGCAAUCUUGGAAAGACAAAAGGCUUUCUUAUUCUGGAAUCCCACUAAAUCUCACGCUAGACAACAGGGUAGCUGACCAACUCUGGGUGCCAGACACCUACUUUCUGAAUGACAAGAAAUCAUUUGUGCAUGGGGUUACAGUGAAGAAUCGAAUGAUCCGACUGCAUCCUGAUGGAACAGUUCUCUACGGACUCCGUUUCUGAGAAGAUGUCUGUAAGUUUAACUUGACUGUGGAAGGGGUCCAUGAUGCAAGAAGUCUACAAAACUCUAUUCUAAAGCUUCUUCAUCUUACCUCAUUAUCCUUUGGGAGACAAGUGGUAAAGUUGUAUAGUGGCUCCUUUCCACCUGCACUCAAAUUACUUAACCGGAUUAAA